CUCGCGCGUCGCUUCGUUUCGAUCGGGUUACUCCGGUUUACUCGGUGUGACUCUCAGGGCGGGGAGGUACGUCGCUUCGAGUGGAAAAUGAAGACAUGAAGAAGUCGAUUCGUCCGUGCACUAGCGUUCUCGCCCGAUCUCGUGGCCACCCGUCGCCCUUGUCAUUCCCAUCCAAGAUGCUGCUCUUGGUGUGCCUGCAGCUCGUCAAUCUGCUCGCACCGAUCGUCGCCCAGGACGGCGGCCUCUUCUUCUCCGUGAGUCCCGCCGAUCAUUCCGUGGUCGAGGGCUUUCCGGUUCGGCUGAGGUGCGAAGCUCAUCCGAGGUCGGGGGUCAAGUACUCGUGGAAGAUCGAGGGACAGCCCCUGGCCCCCAGCCCGCGAAGACACCAAGAGGGCGGCGAUCUCGUCAUCACUAGGGUCAACCGCAUCCUGGACAGCGGGAAUUUCGUCUGCGUCGCGACGCAACAGAAGACCGGAUACUCCAUCGAGAGCUCGCCAGCCAAGAUCGACGUCCAAUGGAUCAGCGAGUCGAGCGUGCAGCUGCAGUUGCCGAAACUGCCGUCGUUGAUUCACGCUGGCGGAGAGGUGGAACUACGUUGUCACGUUGACGGUUCCGGAGACAUGCGAUACGAGUGGUUUAAAAAUACGAAGAGUGUGGUGAAAAGUGAUCGGAUUGAAAUAAAGAAGAAGAAGCUGUACAUUCACAGAGCCAGUUCCGAAGAUAAUGGAGUCUAUACGUGUUUGGCUCGUAACGAAGCUGGCUCUUCCCCAAUCAUCGAAAGUUUCCCUCUGAUGAUUUAUGCGAACGAGACUGCAAUCAUCAAGAUGGUGCCUCAGGAUUUAAUCGUGAAACGCGGCGAACCCGCUGUUAUGCAUUGCACAUACGAAGAUGCCGAUGUCGUACAGUGGUUCUUUAAAGACAUCGGUCCUUUGGAGUCAGAUGACGAAAAGGUCAUAUAUGAAAACGGUACAUUGGUUAUCAAAGAGGCGGAGCAUAAAGACCAAGGAUUUUAUUCUUGCCACGGUCUGAAGGGCGAAACUAUACAAGUCUAUUCGGCUGAAUUGCAAAUUGCCUACCUGAGGAACUUAUCCAUUGCUUCCUUCGAACCGACUCUGGUGAAUCAAUUGGCGAUCGUCGGUGAGAAUCAGGAGCUUCAGGUCAGUUGCCUGGAACCCGCGGGACUUCCGACACCAAAAGUGUAUUGGAAGGAUCCUAGAGGACACAUUAUCAGUGAUUCCGGACAAGUACGGGUCCAGGAUAAUACGUUGAUCAUCGCUAAGGCCAGAGUAGGCGAGGACGAUGGAAACUACACUUGCGUAGCGGAAAAUUCUGCCGGAGAAACGGAGAUGGAUGUACAGGUUGUCAUAUCUACGCCAGCAAUGCUGGUCAGUUCCUCGGAGUCAGUGACCAUAAUGGAGGGUGAUCCUGCCAACCUUACGUGUUCGUACGUCGGCAUGGAACCACCGAUCACGAGUAUACGUUGGUUAAAAGACGGUGAACCUUUAAAGGAAACUGGCGGGCCUACCAGACAUCGCGUUACCGAUCACCACGGAAACGUAACCCUACACUUCAAAAGCACCGAUCUCUCCGAUAAGGGAGCUUACGCAUGUGAGGUUUCCACGAAGGGUUUUGCACCUGCACUCGGCAAGGAGACGAUUUUGACCGUCAAGGAGAAACUGAAAUUCUCACCGCCCCCAGUCGAUAAGAGAUUAGAACUGGGUUCUACCAUUAAAGUGUCCUGCAAGGCCCAAGGUGCAACACCGCCCAUUGUGAAAUGGGUGAACGAGAACAAUACCGAAGAAUUUCCUAGUCACGUCCAAGAUAUUCACGGAACCCUGCAUUUUAACGGAGUCGUCGAGGAGGACAAGGGACGUUACACUUGCAUAGCGACCAAUGCGCAAGGCUCUAUAAAUCACACCAUUACCAUCGACGUUGUGAUUGCUCCAAAAUUUACAAUCCAACCGCAAAAUCCUACCGAAGCGAUCGAGGGCUAUCCAGUGAUGCUGCAUUGUGCUGCGGAUGGCGAUCCAAAGCCCACCAUUCAGUGGGAUAAAGAUUCCAAAAUGAACAAUUUGGACAGUCCAAGGUUCGAGGUGCUAUCCAAUGGCAGUCUUUAUAUUAACGAGGUACAUCUGGGAGAUGAAGGCAAAUACGGUUGCACAGCAGGAAACAGCGGAGGUCUUAAGCGAGAAGAGGUUCAACUGAUCGUGAAAGCCGGCGAUGGAUAUCGAUCCGAUAUGGACUUAGAUGCAGGCGACGACGGAUCGAUGAUGACUAAAACAGUGACGAUUACACUCGGUGCUGCUGCUGCAUACAUGGUGCUGGUCGUUGGUUUAAUGUUGUAUUGUCGAUAUCGCCGGCGCCGUAGGAAACAGCAGUAUUUGCAGGAACAAGCAGAAGAAAAAUUGGAGAAUGGGGACGUCCAGGAAGAGCAGACCGAGUUAAAGGAGACCAGUCACAAUUCGAAUAAGAAAAGAGAAGCUCGUGAUUCACACAAGAGCGAUGGCGCAGAUACGGCUCAGAGUCAAAGCAGCAGUCAAUCGAAGAAGUCCAAGUCAAAUUAUGACAAAAUAGCUGCUUCCAGGAGUAAUCUUAAAGAACUGAAGCCCCUAGGCCGAGGAGAAUUCGGUGAUAUCUUUGUAUCGAAAUAUCAGAUAGACGUUGAUAAGGAAACCUUGGUUAUGGUUAAGAGUUUAGUACACACUAAAGACGAGACCGCAUUGCAAGAAUUUAAACGACAUUUGGAUUUGUUCCACAAGUUGAAUCAUGAGAACGUGGCAAAGUUAAUCGGUCUUUGUAGGGAUGAGGAGCCUGAUUAUAUGAUCCUGGAGUACACAGAUUGGGGAGAUCUCAAGCAAUUCUUGAUUGCAUCUAGAAAGGAUAGCUCUUCCAGCCCUACUCACGAACCGAAGCCUCGUGCCCCUCAAUUGUCCGUAGCUCAAAUAUUGUCCUUGGCCAAUCAAGUGGCUCGAGGUUUAAAACAUUUGGCCGACAAUCGUCUCGUUCACAAGGAUAUAGCAACGCGAAACUGCUUAAUAGCUAGCAAUCUUACCAUCAAAAUUUCUUUGCCAUGUAUGACCAAAGAACCGUACCAUCAAGAGUACGCUAAACAUCGUAACCAAGUGAUACCACUCAGAUGGUUGCCAUACGAAGCCGUAUACGAGGAUGAGUACUCGACGAAGAGCGACGUAUAUUCUUUUUCUUGCCUCUUGUGGGAAAUCUUCCAUCAGGGCGAGUUACCUUUUAAUAAACUCAACGACGAUUCCGUACUUUCGCAACUUAAAGCGCAAACCUUGGCAUGGAAAGCACACAAAGCAGCGCCUCCUGCCUUGCAAGAGUUACAAGCAUCCUGUUGGGCUUACGAUCCUAGGGAGAGGCCUACUUUCGACGAAGUGGUUUCGAAAAUAGGUGAAAUCGUUGUAGACAGUUGUCUAUAGUUUGUUGCCUGACGAGACGAAAUCGAGAUAGUAUACUAUUAAAAGGCCAGAAAUCCAAGAACGUACGAAAUGCUACAGAACGCGAUAUUUAUUUCUUUUACUUUCGUCAAAUGCAUUUUAGAAAUUGCAAUAGAUCGAAGUUUCAUAAACGUCGCCUUCCAAGUGUCUUGCCUUUCCAGCGACACAACGCGUUUUAAACCGGUAUUAUACGUCGCGGGCAACAAACGCCUCCUGCACGGUCGGCCUAAUAACGAUGCAAAGUGUGGAUAGAAAUAAUUAAACGAAACCGCUCACGUACUAGCUACUCGUCAACCGAAUACAACGUCGAUCUAUUUUGGAGCCAUUGGAAUGCUUAAGAAUAUUAGCAAUAAGGGCAGGAUAUCGUGCAAUUCUUGUGAAAUUGAUUUCGUGAUUUCAUAAGAGAUUUUCGACUGCGAGCAAACGAAUGCUUACGGUUAGCAUACGAUUGCAAAUCAUAUUACGGUUAGCGUGGUAAACUUGAAAGGUUGGUUGCAAAAUGACGAUAACAUUAAGGAUAAUCAUACGUAACCGUCUAUUCCACGCAGUUUACGAAAAUGUUCAGUCUUCGGUUUCAUCGAUCGAAGAGAGAACGAAGUCAGUUGCGUUCUCGUGUCAUUUUUCAAUUAUUUAGGAAAGACGAAUGCUUCAUACCUCAAUAUUUAUUCCCUGUAGCACUUUCGUUAAAACAUCGUUUUCUAUUCCACUUUAAUCAUCAGUCAUUUUUAGACGGUUUUUAAACGAUGACGCCGUCAGAGUGAGGAAGCGUCGUCUAGGCUAAUCGUAAUACAGUAUUUUAUAGCGUCCACUAGAGCGAUAAGAAUAUUUAUUUGUAAUAGAAACACCGUUCCAGUGACUGCUCUCGUCGAGUAUAGAGUCUAGACAGACCCAGCAUUAGCUACGCUAUCGUAAACUUGACAGAAUAUAUAGUAUUCAGUGUCGUUAUUAAUAUUAAGAGUAAUCAUUUAACACGAAAUACUCAGAAGAGAAAUUAUCGAUACACGAUUGCCGAACGCCAUCGAACAUUUUUCAGUGAGAUAUACACUUUCCAGAGACUCAAAGACUGCUCUAUCGGUGAUCAGAAGUGCUCGACUUAUAUACGAUCCACGGAAUCAAUCGAAUCAUUACGUAUGCAGUAUGAAAGUACGAAACCAUCGGGAACUAAACGAUAACUAAUCGCCAUGUGCUGAAUCCCACAUGCGAUUUCCAAUCGAAAAAAAUUGUUUAGAAAAGAUCGGUAAUUCAUAUUUACACACGAUGGAAGGCGAAACGGUAUUUGUACGAAAACGAACACGUACGUACAUAUAUAUUGAAAUUCCGAUGCAAAGAACGGUUAACGAUCAACGAAACCGCCAUCGUUAAUCAUGUGCUGACUAGAAUUUUGCAACGCGUCAUAUAAUUUGAUAAUUCAGGUAUCGUCGAGAUCGUACGACAUAUUACGCAUUUUCUCAUGCAAAGACGAACGCAAGUAAUCCAUUGAAUCGGGGACUGCCGUUUACAACGUAUUCGUCAAAUCCAAAUGGAUCUAUUUCAGGUACAAAUAUUUAGAAUGGAAGCGAAAUCUCUGCCGUUAAUUACGAAGCGUUGAGAUAUCUGGAUACCCGAUGUAUCCUUUCGAUCGGUUCAUCGAUGUACACAACGAAAAUAAUGCCAGUUCUACACGUAGUUCUUAUCGAACUCAGUGGAACGUGUCGAUAACGAACAGCAACGUGGAUGCUAUUAAUUAUAGAACAUUAAUUCAUUUAUUACAAUGCGUCUAAUCGCAGAUCAAAGUAUCGAUAAUCGUAUGGCCUUAGCGGGGGCUAUUAAAUGUAAAUAAGGCUUAACUUCGUAUGUCUAAGCUCCUGCUUUUUGCAUGCGUGACGCGUGAUAUCGUCGAGUUAUGUGUGCUUCACGCAAGGAGUAGCUUAAUCGAUCACGGUAUCAUAUGUAUAAGUAAGGCGCGUGUACGCGGUGUAAUGCGACCACGAACAAUUUAUCCGAUUUCGCAGUGACUUACAAUAUACAUGGCCAAAAUCUUAAAGGUACAAACCAAUGGCAGUAACACUCGGUGAAACGCAUCUUAGGCAGUACUGGUAACGACAAGACCAAUCGGUACAAUUCACAUUUACAUUAAGUACUUAUCGUAUGCAAUAGUUCGCGCAAGAAAUAUAUAUAUCUACACCGAUAAGACACGAACACUGCCAAGCAUACCCAUGUAUCAUUGAAUCGUAACUAUAGUCAUUACAAAUUCUUUGGUGCAUUUUCGUGUUGAAUGUGCAGUUACGGUGUAGUUAUUUUUCCUUUUUUUUGCUUUGAUACGUUAUUAUAACCUGUGAAACGCAUUGGCUUACAGCACACAGGAUUCCACGUCAGUCUUGUUUGGCAGUUUAAUAAUGUAAUCGUUUCCACAUAUGCAAUUUAUGCGAGAAACGGCUAACGAGUAUUUACUUUUAUAAGUAUCAGUUAAUUACAGUGUUUAACCACUUUUGCGAUUAUGUAGUGCAGUGUAGAUAAGAUCUUCAUACCACUCACGCUGGAAAUCGAUCGACGUAUACAAAUUGAAUAUUAAAAAAUAUGACAGAAAGGCAAAACCUCGGCAUGUUUAUCUAGUCACUUAUGACAAUGCGAAAUGAUGAGUGAAAGCGACUUCGUUUAUACGAUGUUCAUAUCCUAGGCAGGCAAAAACAGCUUUUCUUUAAGGUAUUCUGUAAAUAUUUGUACUUUUUUAACAAUUAUAUACCUGUGAAUUUAUUAAACAGUACGUGGUACAAUGAAAUAAAAAUGAUCCGAACAGAAUAUCAAGCAUGAAAGGUCGAUUUCUUAUCAUCAUGGCAGGAGAACGGGUGGCAACAGAUUUUUCUUUCUGAGGUCGAAUAAAGUCAAACAUUAUUCAAGUUCCUUUACCAUUU